AUUCUCACAGAAAUUAUUUGCUACCAUGUGACUCAGAUAUAUGUGUUCUUUCCAGAGGAGGCAAAGGUUGGUGUUAAGACAAUGAAAACUUAUACAGAACGCAUGAAAAAAGAAGAUGUCUUCCAAUCAAUCCUGGUUGUACAACAAAAUUUGACUCCCUUUGCUCGUACUUGCAUAAGUGAAAUAUCUACAAAAUUUCACUUGGAGGUUUUCCAGGAAGCAGAGUUGUUGGUAAACAUAAAAAAUCAUGUUCUAGUUCCUGAGCACCAGCCACUUACUCCUGAAGAAAAGAAAACCUUGUUGGAACGAUACACUGUGAAAGAAACACAGCUUCCUCGAAUUCAGAUCACUGAUCCUAUUGCUAGAUAUUAUGGGCUGAAACGUGGCCAAGUCGUGAAGAUUAUCAGACCAAGUGAGACUGCAGGCCGUUACAUUACUUACCGAUAUGUGGUUUGAAUUAGUUUUGAUGUUUUCACCAGUUGAAAUGUAAAGCAGUGACCAGAAAAGUCAAGUGAUGUAGUUGUUUCUUUUUCUUUUGGAGUUUUAUUUUUGGUCUUUUAUUCCUAUCCAUUUUCUUUCUGUCUAUUGCUAUUUUUCUUUUCAUAUGAAAACUACACUAUUAAUCAAUUAUCAUACUCAUCAUCUGUUA